UCAUAAUUGCAGUAUUAAAGGCCCUGAGAGGGCCCAAAAGGUUGGCCGUGGUUCAUUUGAAAGGACAUCAGAAGGGAAUGGACUUGAGGAGUAGGGGAAAUAAUGCUGCAGAUCAGGAGGCAAAACGGGCGGCAUUACGGACAAUGGUCCUAAAAGAAAAAGGGGGGCAUGAAGAAAUUAUGGAACAUAAAGAUAGUGGUUUAAGAAGUAAAUUUACUGAGGGAGAGAGAUUAAAACUCCCAGAGACAGGGGCGGUAGAAAACUCAGAGGGGAGAUGGUUCCUUCCAGAUGGCCGGGAAGUACUACCAAAAGCCAUAGCUCAGAGAAUAUUAGAAAAAAUACAUCAAAGGACACAUUGGGGAGCACAAGGACUAAUAGACUAUUUUGCAGCAAAGUAUAUGAGCACAAGUAUUCGAGAUUUAGCUAAGCAAAUUACUAGAAGCUGCCUCCCAUGUUUAAAAGCAAAUAGGAAGAAUCUUAGAAAAUUACCUUAUGGAGGGAGACCCUUGGCAAAAAGACCCUUUGCAAAUAUUCAAAUUGACUUUACAGAACUACCAAAGGUAGGGAGACUUAAAUAUCUCCUGGUCCUAGUGGAUCACCUCACCCAUUUUGUAGAAGCUUUCCCUACAUCUAGGGAAACUUCACGAACAGUUGUAAAGGUGUUAUUGGAAGAAAUAAUUCCCAGGUAUGGGGUACCAGAGACAAUAGAUUCUGACAAAGGUCCCCAUUUUACAUCAAAAAUAACUCAAGAGGUGUCGGAGGCAUUAGGAAUAAAGUGGGAACAACACACCCCUUGGCACCCUCAAAGUUCUGGGAGAGUAGAAAGAAUGAAUGGGGAAAUAAAAAAACAACUUACUAAACUGGUGAUGGAAACAAAACUAUCAUGGGUCAAAUGUGUUCCACUAGCCCUUCUAAAUAUUCGAACUCAGCCAAGGGCAGAUUUGGGAAUUUCCCCUUUUGAGAUGUUAUAUGGUAUGCCUUAUAAUACAGAAGAAGUUCAAACACAUCCAAAUGUGAGUGACCAAUAUAUCAAUAAGUACUUAAUAAAAUUAAUGAAGUAUAAGAAGGCAUUAUGGGAAAAAGGAAUGCUAGCUCAAAGACCACCAUUGGAUUUUAUAUUACAUCAGGUACAACCCGGAGAUUGGGUGUUGAUAAGAAGUUGGAAAGAGAAUCCCCUAACACCGAAGUGGGAAGGACCGUAUCAAGUCUUACUAACAACUGAUUCUGCAAUCCGAACCGCAGAGAAAGGAUGGACACAUGCAAGUCGAAUUAAGGGACCUGUGGAGCCACCAAAAACAAACUAAUAACUAGAAAGUGGUUAGCCCGGCUGGGGACCUGAGACUUAAAAUAUCCUGGAAAAAAAAA